UGGGAUAGGGCAACCUGCCCGCUGUCGGGGUAGUUGGUUCGCUGCGCUCGCCGUUGGCUGUCGUGUCUGCUGCGGGUUGUGCGCUGGUGUGUUGGUCGCGCGUGUGCUUCUGUGCGCGUACUGUUCCUGUGGAUUUAACAGCUGCCAACGUUGGAACAGGUUGAGGCAGCAGGUGGUGUAGUUCCUCCACUUCUGUUCAACCUCAAAAGCAGACGGUUGAGACAUGGUGGACUACUACGCAGUCCUCCUUGUCUCCAGGAGUGCCACCACUGAUGACAUCAAGAAGGCAUAUAGAAAAUUGGCCUUGAAGUGGCAUCCUGACAAAAAUCCUGAAAAGAAGGAAGAAGCUGAGCGGCGAUUCAAGGAAAUCUCUGAAGCUUAUGAAGUUCUUUCAGAUGACAAAAAACGCAAAGUGUACGACCGGUAUGGCAAGGAGGGCCUGAACGGCAGUGCUGGCGGCAUGCGACCAGGUGCCCGCCACAACCACCAUCACUUCAAUGGAUGCAUGGGUGGUGUCGGUGGAUUCUUCGACGAUGGGUUUGCUGCACCAUUCUUCAGCUUCACGUUCCGGGACCCGGAGGACGUAUUCCGAGAGUUCUUUGGCACAGACUCAUUCCACAUGUUUUUUGACAACCCAUACACAGCCGCCAACACCGGUCGUCCGCAGCAGCAUCACCACAACCAAGCCAGGCAUGGACAUUCGCCUCUUCUGAGUCGCCACCGGGCAAAUGUUGAGGGUGGAGGUCGCAGGGCUGCGGCCCGUAACCGUUUCUUGCACGGACAUUCAGCUGCAGCGGUUAACAGGAGAGACGACUUCUUCCCCUUGUCUGGCUUUCCGAUACCAAACCUUGGCUUUCCAGACAUCUUUGGUGGAUUUGAUGGGUUCACAUCAGUAACAACAUCCACAUUCAGCACAGACGUGGGAGCGGUGCGGCCAGGUGUACGCAAGACGACGACAUCUACACGGUUCGUCAAUGGCAAAAAGAUAGAGACCAGAAAGGUCCUGGAGAAUGACGUGGAGACAGUCACUGUGCAUGAGGAUGGUGUCCUAACGAAAAAGACUGUCAAUGGCCAGGUUCAAGCCCUGGGAUAUAAGCACAAGUGAAGAAAACUUUAGUUUGUCGAGCUCUCUUGCUGUCCCUGUGUGGUGCGUCUGUUUAGGAGAAUCUACAUUGGGUCCCUGCCUCAGUGCUGCGCAUUUCCAGUUUCGAAUGACUGGAGAGAGACCGCUUUGGUCGGGGGCAGCAGCAACCGGCGGUUGAAGACAACUCGAAGCUUGAAAGAUGUGUGUCGGACUAUGUGUGUUUGUGUGUGUGUGCAUGCUGUCAGGUUUUCUUCCUCUGUCCUUUUCAUUUGCCCCCCCCCCCCCCCCCUGCCCUUUUUUUCUCUCACAUAUUUGGUUUUUCUUUCUGCUUUUACAAGUACAGAAGCAGUGAAAAUUCUCUAAAAUUAUUAUACACCUUGUGGCUCAUUUCAUGUAGUUAAUUUUGGGGACCAACAUUGCCUUCUUCUUUGUGUGGCCUUGGUUAUCCACUCUGGUAGCAAGUGAAAGAGCUGAUUUUAGGAGUGUGUUCAGGGAAGGGAAGGUGCCAACAAAAAGCACGUCCUGUACGUUGCAGAAGUAGCAGAAGGAAUGCUCUUAGUAUUGGGAAGGUACAUGCUUGACUAAAAAAUUUUCACUGGUGACACACAUUCAGCUGUCUUAGAAGACAUGCCUUGCUUCCUUUAGGGUGCACAAAGCUGUUAAGCAAAUAGGAUUUGUGGUUCAUGCCCCCAUGAAUGUUGCUGAAUCAAGUACUGCUGCAGUCCUUAUGAGCUUGUAAAUGUUUAGGCAGGGCACCUGCAGUGAUCUCAAGGACGUGAUUAUCGUGGCACAAAUGGCUCUUUACAUGAUAGUGAAAAACAGUUGUGCUUGCUACAUUGCAGUUGUGCCUGUUAUGUCUGCAUUAGGCUUCUGCAUGCAUAUCUGGUUUCUAGUCCCUAAUAUCUCCCCAAACUCUUGUAGUACUGAAUUUCGUGCAUGUUCUUAGACAUUGAAGUGGUCAACACAUGUUAGAUUAAUAAUUUUUUUUUUGUCCUCAGUUGGCAUGUAACAAUAAAAUUGCAGCACCUACCACAGUAUCUGCCACUCGGGCCUUUUGUACAUCUGUAAAUCGCUAAACUGUACAUCUGGAAAGACUCACUGCUAUGCUCUGUAGUUGUAGAAUUGGGGCCACUUGCGCUGAAAUUAUUUCAUCCAUGCGUGAAUAAGUGGUCUUGCUAUUUGUUGCACUUUAGGUACUGAAUGGGUGGGCCGGGUACAUUUAAAUCACUUGCUACUUUUAAAAAAAUCUAUUUUAUCUUACUUUGUUACUGCUGUCUUGACUGGUGUGACAUGUGUUGUGUGUGCUGUACAGUCUCCUGUAUUUUUUUUUUUAUGUGAUGCUGUUGUAAGGAUCACCGAUAUGUGUGAAAACAUUCCACACUGCUUUUGUGCAAGUCCUCGUGCGAGCUAUGCCGGAGCUAUCUCUGCUCUGUUUUCCUGAAGUCGGUGAAGCAUUUCUCCUGCAAGCCCUUUGAAACAAAAAAGAGAUGGGGUAGCAUAUUUGUUCAGGAGUUGACAUUGUCUGUAAAUACAUGUAACCUGUGUGAAACUAGCUACUUUUAAAUUAUAACGCAGUUCCAUUGUUGCACACACCACUGAACGUGUUUAUUUCUUUGUCAGGUUGCAGGUGUGUUCAGUCUGUAAAUAAAACUAAUAUGCCAUCCAA